CAGAAACGUCAGCGUUCGUUCAAGGCGAUUCUCAACAAGCUUACACCUGAUAACUUUGAGAAGCUUCUCGAGAAGCUUCUCGACGUCGGCAUCACCGAAGCCAUCACUUUGGUCGGACUCAUCGGACAAUUGUUCGAAAAGGCGCUUCAAGAGCCCACCUUCUCUUCUUUGUACGCCGAGUUGUGUCGCGUGCUUUCUGAUCGCUUCUUGAGCGAGGGCGUAGAAUUCUUAGAUCCCGCUGCGCCGGAGGGACAACAAGCUAUCACGUUCAAGCGCGUACUUCUUAACAAGUGCCAAGAAGAGUUCGAAUCUGGCGACAAAGCCAUCGCCAAGGCUGAAGCGGGUGACGAUGAAGACGACGACAAGAAAGAGGGUGAAGAGGGUGAAGAAAAGUCCGAGACUGAGAAGGAGCUCGAGGAUGAGGACAGACUUCUCCAGGCGCGCAGACGCAUGCUCGGUAACAUUCGUUUCAUCGGUGAAUUAUUCAAAAAGUCAAUGCUCACCGAACGCAUUAUGCAUACGUGCAUCAUGAAGCUUCUAGGCGAGGGCGAAAAGACUCCGAACGAGGAAGACGUGGAGGCUUUGUGUAAGCUCAUGACUACUGUUGGCGGUCAACUUGAUCACCAAAAAGCCAAGGCGUACAUGGAUGCGUACUUCCGCCGCAUGGAAGUGUUGAGCAAAUCUGAAGAGAUGUCUUCUCGUCAUCGAUUCAUGUUGCAAGACGUCAUGGACACUCGCGCCAAGGGGUGGCGCGAGCGUCGCAAGGAAGAAGGCCCGAAGAAGAUUGAAGACGUUCACCGCGACGCA